AUGAUAUAUUUCGUUAUUGCUCAAAACAAAUAUAGUGAUCAUAAUUCACUAAAAUUUCAUGACAUCAAUGGUUCAAUAAUUGGUAUUAUUCGAAAAUUUUAUUUUUUAACUACAUUAUUAAUAAAUAUUGUUUUCUUCUUUGUCUUUGAAUUUAUAUCAAUUGAAUUAAAUAAGCAAAAUAAUGAAUUAAUAGCUUCAAUUUAUAAUCCAAUUUUAACUUCUACAGAAUUUCAAUUAAAAACUGAACAAGUUAAUUCUACUACCAUACGUAUUCAUAUUAUACCCAACGGUUAUAUUGGUGUUAGUCGCAUUAAUUGUCAUUGGAGUACUAAUAUUACUUAUCGUGAAACUGUUGAUCUUUAUAUUGGAGAAAAACCUGGUCUUAUUGAACUAAACCAAUCUUGUCAAGCAUAUGAUCGUCGUUAUGUUCAAUGUAUAUUUCGUGCACCAAUUAUUGGACGUGCAUUUCGAAAUGGUUUUCCACAACUUUAUGAAUUUGCAGAAUUUACUUCUCAAAAAGAAUAUCGUCAUCCACCAGAAUUGAUUAAAAUUAGUAAUGAUAACAAACUUUUCUUCAAUUUUCUACCUCAUGAAAAAAAUCGAAUUCCAAAGAAAAUUUCUAUGAAUGUUAGUAUGACAGUAAUGUAUUUUGGAUCAGCUUCUUACAGUUUUGAUAUUAAACCUGUACAUACAACUAACGUCGAUUUUCGAAUAGCAAAUAUCUCGAGUAAUCACUUAACUAUAGUGAUUAAUCAUAAUAACACAGGAACAAUAAGUGAACGCUUAUGUGCCGGAUAUGUUGAUCAAGUAGAUCAUCAGAAAACAUCAAUGGUAGUUCAAGAUAUUAAGGAAACAUUAGCUCAAAAGAUUUUAAUUAAUGGUCUUCAUUCAUCAACACAAUAUAAUAUUUGUCUUUAUUGUUUUUAUGAACGAACUGAUCAAUCAUUUGAAAAAGAAAUAUGUCAUACAAUUAAAACUAAACAAACAAAUACAAGUAUUUUCUGGCUUGUUGGAUUGAAUAGUACUGGUGGAUUUAUCGUAUUGAUUUUGAUCAUAUACUUAAUUCGUAAGAAUUCAUUACAUAAUGAAAAUAUUCCAUCGACUUGUAAUGUAUGUGAGAUACGACCUUUAUCCAAUGAUCAUUUGGAUAGUAACCGUUGCCCGUCCGAGAUAGAGGAAGACGAUCAUUCAACAACAUCUUCUGAUUCUUUGUCGAUACAAUCUAAUACUGAUAUAAAUGAUCCUACAAAUGAAGCAAAAUAUCAAUCUAUGAAAAAUUUCAUGGAACAAAUACCAAAUGAAAUUACUCCGCCGCCCAUGAAAUUAUAA